AUGGGCAAGCGUGGGAUGCAGGUCCAUGAGAUCACCGAGAGGCCCCCUAAGAAAGCAGUGAUACCACGCCCGGAGCCGGCCGUCGAGCUAGAGGAAGUUGAAGUGGACCCAGCGCAGCCAAGCAGGCGAGUGAGAAUCGGAGUCGGCCUUUCGGAGAAGUUAAAGGGGGAAAUCACGAGAGUACUCCAAGAGCACCGGCUGGUCUUCGCCUGGGGCCCAGAAGAUAUGCCCGGCGUGGAUCGAUCAGUCAUAUCGCAUCGACUCGCCGUAGACCCGGAGCACCGGCCGGUCGUGCAAAAGAAGCGAUAUUUGGCAAACGAUCGGCGGGAGUUUGUGAAGAAAGAAGUCAGCACGCUGUUAGCAGCCGGACACGUCCGUGAGGUCAAGUACCCGGAAUGCCGCUCACUGAAAGCUGCCGAGACACGGUACACUGCCCUGGAAAAGAUCGUGUAUGCCUUGGUGGUCACCGUCCGCAAGUUGGCGCCUUACUUCCAAGCCCAUACCGUCCGGGUCCUGACGGAUCAACCACUCGGGAGUGUACUACGGAACCCCUCGUCUUCCGGCCGGCUAGUGAAAUGGGCCGUCGAGCUGACUCAAUACGGGAUCGAGUACCAACCCAGGCCCUCCAUCAAAGGCCAAGCUUUGGCCGACUUCCUGGUCGAGUGUACGGCGAGCGAGGAGGAGAAGGAAAGUGCCUCGGAAAGCACCUCGGGCGAGUGGUGGGAGAUGCAUGCGGACGGAGCAUCAAGUCGACAGCACCGCGGAGGCGGCGUUGUGCUCAUCACCCCGGAGGGAUUUCGGCUGUAUUACGCCCUAAGAUACCUGUUCCCUGCGUCAAAUAACGAGGCCGAGUACGAAGCAGUAUUGAAUGGCCUCCGACUCGCCAAGGGUCUAGGAAUCGAACGGCUACGAGUCAAAACCGACUCCCGACUAGUAGUCGGGCAAAUCUCGGGUACGUGCGAAGCUAAGAACGCGAGGAUGGCGUUGUACAAAGAAUGUGCCAACAAGAUGUUGAAGGGAUUCGAAGCUUAUGAAAUAGAAUACAUAUCCCGGGCGGACAACGUAGAGGCCGACAUCUUGUCAAAAAUCGCCAUGGAAGGGGUGCCGGACCGCUUAAUAAAGAUUUGCCAGAAGGAGGAGCUAAGUCGGCCGAGCGUCGAAGAGGCGCCGCUAGAUGUCCAGCAAGUAAGCAUCGAAGGGUGGAAUCGAGAGAAAAACCCGGAGAUGUUCUGGAUAAAUGACAUCCGGCGAUUCAAGGAAACAGGCGAGUUGCCAGCUGACCCAUCAGUCGCCGCAAGGGUUCGGCGGAAAGCUCCCUCUUUUCGGAUCGUAGACGGAGACCUAUAUAAGCAGUCGUUCGGAGGGCCCUUGUUGAAAUGCCUACUUAAGCCUGAGGCCGAGAAGGCAUUCGCCAGGAAAGACACUCGGCCAGCCACCUUCUAUACGCCGGUCACCACUGCCAUUCCCUUCGCCAAGUGGGGAAUAGACCUGUUGGGACCAUUACCCGUCGCCCCGGGAGGAUUGAAGUUUUGUGUCGUGGCCGUCGAUUACUUCACCAAGUGGGUCGAGGCGGAGCCCCUGGCUACCAUCACCGAAUACCAGUGUCGACGUUUUCUGUGGAAAAAGGCCAUGUAUGAACUCGAGGACUCCGAGAAAUCUGAAUAA